AUAUUGACGAGGACGCGCACAAUUCCUCCUCAUCUUCUUCCUCUCUGUGAUAUUCCAGCCUUUUAACCAGUCAAAUGUCAAACCCUCCUUCAUCUUCCUAUUAAAUAAACUCUCCCCUUUUCUCUUCUCCCCAAAUCCAUUUUCCAACCCUAGAUCUCUCUAUUUUGCCUCUUUCAAAAUGGGCCAAUAUUCAUCCACCCACUGCGGUGGUGGGCCUAAACAUCAACACCACCGUUCCACUUCCGACCAAUCCCAGUUAGAAUUUUUCUCCCUUGUAAAUUCAGAUGAAGAUGAGGCGACGAUUCCAUCUUUUUUUCAAGAUUACACGUAUAACCUUCCCGAUGAAUGUUUAGCUUUGAUCUUCCAGUGUUUAAGCUCAGGUGACCGCAAAAAAUGUUCCCUUGUUUGCCGUAGAUGGCUUUUAAUAGAAGGUCAAAGCCGUCACCGUUUAGCCCUUAACGCAAAAGCUGAAAUCCUUCCCUUUAUUCCCACUAUCUUUUCCCGUUUCGAUUCCGUUACAAAACUUGCUCUCCGUUGUGACCGGAAAUCCGUUAGUUUAAAUGAUGAAGCUUUGACCCUUAUAUCCCUACGUUGUUCUAAUCUUGUUCGCUUGAAACUACGAGGUUGUCGUGAUGUUACUGAUGUGGGCAUGUCUGCUUUUGCUAAGAAUUGUAAGAGUUUAAAGAAAUUCUCUUGUGGGUCUUGUAUGUUUGGUGCUAAAGGUAUGAAUGCUUUGCUUGAUUACUGUUCUACCCUUGAAGAAUUAUCUGUUAAGCGAUUACGGAGUAUUAAUGAUGGGUUUGCUGCUGAUCCGAUUGGACCCGGAGCUGCUGCUUCGUCGCUUAAAUCUAUAUGUUUGAAAGAGUUAUAUAAUGGGCAAUGUUUUGCUCCUUUGAUUAUUGGUUCCAAAAAUUUGAAGACUUUGAAGUUGUUGAGGUGUUUAGGUGAUUGGGACAGGCUUUUUGAGACAAUUGGAAGUAAUAGGGAAAAUCAUGUUGUUGAGAUUCAUUUGGAGAGGCUUCAAGUUAGUGAUAUUGGAGUUACGGCGAUAUCAAAUUGUCCGAAAUUGGAGAUUUUGCAUUUGGUGAAAACACCCGAAUGCACGGAUGCUGGUGUUGUAGCAGUGGCUAGAAAGUGUAAAUUGUUGAGGAAGCUUCACAUUGAUGGAUGGAGGACAAAUAGGAUUGGAGAUGAGGGUUUGGUUGCGAUUGCUGAGAAUAGUUCAAAUCUUAAAGAAUUGGUGCUUAUCGGUCUGAAUCCUACGUCGACUAGUUUACUCGCAAUAGCUUCGAACUGUCAAAAGUUAGAAAGAUUGGCACUUUGUGGUAGUGACUCUAUUGGAGAUCCUGAAGUAUCUUGUAUUGCCACAAAAUGUAUGGCCUUGAAGAAGCUAUGUAUUAAGGGAUGUGAAGUGACUGAUGAAGGGAUUGAGUCUUUCGCUUUGGGUUGCCCUAAUUUGGUGAAAAUCAAGGUUAAGAAGUGCAAGCACGUGACGGGUGAUGUUGCAUGUUGGUUACGAGCUAGGAGGCAAACGCUAUCAGUGAAUCUUGAUGUUGGGGAAAUUGAUAUUGAACCUGUGGAUGGUAGUGCAAGUGAUGGUGGAGCACUAGAAGAAGCAGUAGAAUUUCAACAUACCGCGACUACACUGCCCAUAAUUGGUACCACUGAUAUUCCAUCUACGAGCAAUGUAGGUCGAUCAUCGGUAUCUAGGUCAUGGUUUGGCCUUUUUGGAGGAAGGAGCCUUGUUGCUUGCAGUGUCCGCAGGUGGUCAAAUGGUGAUGGUGAUUCCAGUGAGAGCUUAUGAAUAUUGUGUGUAAAAGUUAAAACUAUCGCGACACAAGUUCAUGGCACGUACUGUCCGCUUUGUCUACCGUCUAGGCCACAUCGAGCCCCAAAAGCGCGCGUACCAUGUGAACUUGAGUUAUGCAUUAUAAAACUCUUCACUUUCCUCUCCCAUUUCGAUGUGGGAUUCGCCUAAGGGGUCAUGCACACCUCAUCUCAAGAAGCUUGCCAGCCUAGAAGCCUCUCAAUCAUGCUUGACCCGCCCUCAUCAGCCCGCCCUCACUCCUCCUGCUUGACCCACCCUCAUCAGCCGCCCUCCGUCGGGGGCGUCACAAGUCAGAGAAAACGUACUGUUAAUUUGUUAGCUGUAAUUGGUCAUCAAUGGUCCGCUCUCAAGUCGUUUCAUUCAUCUUUUUAUUUUUUAUUUUUUUUUAUUUUGGAAUUUGUGGUCUUCAUUACAUUGUGCAGAAAUACAUCUCACCUCCCAAUUUUGUUGAACUUUUGUCUGUAUGAUAAUGUCUAUUCAAAUUUGGUGUAGCAAUAACCUUCAUGUUGUUUCUUGGA